CAACUAUAUACGCUGAUUGGUCACAUACACGUGAGUGGAAACGGCAACAAAGACUAUUACUUAAGAAUCAGGAGCUACUAAAAAACUAAAGUAAAUAUGGUACUUGGAAUCGAUAAAAAGUUUGCAUGGGUUCUAUUGCCAAUGCUCGGUUUUGGAAUAGGACAUUAUUUGGACAAAAAAGAAACUGAACGCAUGGUUAGAUUUCGUGAUAAGAGCGCUUUAUAUGGAAGACCAGAUGGUUCUGAUAAGGAGCCAUCAUGGUGAUUAAUAGUAGCAAAAACAAAAACUCAAAUGUUUAAUUUUAGUAGUAAAUUAAAAUAAAAUUUACAGAAAUCUAUCUA